CUGUGUCUCCCAAGAUCUGGGCUCGGCUCUGGCACAAUGCAACCCUAACCUUGUUUGCAUCCUCUCUUGUGACUUAGAAAGCUCAGGCCAGAGGGAAACACUCCGCCUCUCUUGUCCUAUGUCCUCGGAACAAAAGCGAUGGAGUCUGAAUGCAGUGAGAAUUUGAGAGCUUACCUUGGCCAGCCUCAGAGAUGGCCACUAUUUUGUAGCACAGGUAUGAUCUGAGCAGCACAAAUGCUUAGGUAAGAGAAAAAAACUAAAUUCUCUUGUCAAGUCUCAGGCGGCCUGGACACAUACAUUUUUCUAUAAUAAAGAGUCAUUCCCAGUAGGGCCAAUCGCCAAUUUCUGGCUCCUCUGGGUUUCAGUUCACACUGGUCUUGGAAGUCCUUACCUCCAUUUGAACCCUGGUGCCACAUCCCUCCAAAGUUAAGGGUGGGCCCUGAUGCUCAGGAUAAAGACCUGUGAACUUGGCUCUGUAGUGUGGACAAGACCUGUGAUUUCCCUUUCCUUUCUCUCCUCUGCUCUACCCACCCAGCCCUGGACCCCACGGUGGUUCACAGACACACAUAGACACACACACACACACACACACACACACACACACACACACACACCCCACACACACACAGAAAGGAGCGGGAAGAGCUGUCUUAUUUGACAAAUGAGGAAACUGAUCCUUUUGGAGAGGAGGCGACUUAUUUAAAGUCAUCCAACACAUCAAAGGAAGCCACACAGGAGAGCCCAUCCUUUGCAGCCCAGCUAGAAGGCCACCAGCAGAAGGUGGAGAGUGGUGGCUGGGGGGACAGGCUCGGGGUGCAUAGCAGCUCUGUUUACUCCUGGUGCCUUUACUUCCUAGUGAUGGCACCAUGGGGGGAGGGGCAAGUUUCUCAGUAUUUAAAAUAGGGUUUUUUAUAUUCCUAUAUAAAAUGAUACUGGGGAAGCUGGUGACAUGUCUGUGUCUACACCUGCCUGUACUAUCUGUACUAUUUUUGUAACUCUUCUGUAAAUCCAAAAUUAUUUCAUAAUUUAAAAAAAAGUUUUAAUCCGGUUUCCCCUUCCUCACCGAAGGCUUAAAUGAGAUAAUGCCCAUAAGGCUUUAGUACGGCAUCUGCCUCAGAGUGAAGACUCAAUAAAUAACUACAUUUUUAUUGGAGUAUAGUUACUUUACAUUGUUGUGUUGCUUUCAGGUGUAAAGCAAAGUGAUCCAGUUAGACACACAUUCAUCCUUUUUCAGACUAUUUUUUCACAUAGGUUAUUAGGGAAAAUGGAGUACAUUUCCCUGUGCUAUGCUUUAGGUCCUUGCUGGCUAUCUAUAAUACGCAUAUGUUUUAUUUGUGUGUGUGUGUGUGUGUGUGUGUGUGUGUGUGUUUUAUAUGUGCAUAUUUGUUAAUCCCAGACGCCUAAUUUAUCCCUCCCCUCAACAGUUUUCCCUUUGGUAACCAUGAGUUUGUUUUCAAAAUCUGUGUGUCUGUUUAUUUUGUAAAUAAGUUCACUUGUAUCAUUUUUAUUAGAUUCCACCUGUAAGGGAUAUCCUAUGGUAUUUGUCUUCCUCUGUCUAGUAGAUAACUGCUCUUAAAGGCUACUCCCUCCAGAAGGCCAGGGACCUGCCAGAACUGGCCACUGCUCUCUUGGCGGUCCCACCUCCUCACCGCUGGGAGCAGGAGUUUACUUCAGCCUCGGACACCAGGCUUAGUGAGGCUAUUGGAAGUACGCACGUCCACGUCUGAGCUGAGACCCCAGGCCAAGGUACUUUGCCUCAUUUUCCUUUCCGGAAGUAAUAAAACCAGAGUAUGUUGGUCAUGAGGCGUAAAUGAACUGGGAUUUUUUUUUUAGCAGUAACAACUGUGUCUGGCCCAUAGCAAGCACUGCACAAGUGUUUUUACCGUGUAGCUCAGUGUUUCUCUAACCUUUUUCCUAUCACCCACAGUAACAUAUACUUUCCGUCAUCACUAUUUUUCUUUCUAAUGUUGAUGUAAAUAACACCAGUCUCUAGAUGGUUGAUCUCAUUUUGUUUCCCUUAUUAAUAUAUUAAGUUCUUGGGGGACAGGGACUAUGUCUUAUUCAUUUUGGUCUCUGAUUACUUCAUUUCCUUCUUUCAUUGAGUUUAUCAAGCUUCUAUUACCCAUUCAUUCCGCACAUAUGUGUGGACCAUUUAUGGAGCACCUGCUAUGUGCGGGACAUGUAUUAAUGCCCUGAGACAGAUCAGACCUACGUCGAAUAAGUAAAUAAGACAGGGAGGUAGGAAGUCGGGAAGGCAAGCAGGAAAGAAAAAAUCUAGGGUCCUAGAUGCCCCUGGCCAGAGAGGGCCUCAACUGGCCAGCGGUACCCCCCUUUUAACCCCCAUGCUCGCACUUCUACCUGGGCCAGAAAAUUGCUUCCUCUCCUAACAAACUGGAGUGCAUCGAUUGUGUCACUGGGGACGAAACUGGGUGCUGGUCCCAGCAUCGCCCAGGGACCCGCCCCAUCGCCUCCAGCCGGGGCGCGGCGGCAGUGACUCUGCCUCCGGGAGCCAGGAGCCAGCAGCCUCCGCGCCCCUCCGCCGGCAGCUUGAGCACUGGGCCCCCGGCCCAUGGAGUUGCCCAAGACUCCGGGUGACUCCUCCCCAGGGACCCUCCCCUUCUGGGGCACGUCAUUUUCCCCACCCCCAGGUCUCGACCCCUGCGGUUCCUCGCAAGUGCAAGCCGGGGACAAGUCUCAGCCCCCUGCUCCGGAGCCGGGGAGCCGGGGCGCCGGGGAGCCGGCGCCAUCCAGGUGCGAGCGCCCAGGGCCCAUGGAGCUGCCGGCCAGCAACACCAGCUGCGAGAACGGUUCCCUGAUCAGCCUCUACUGCUCCUCCCAAAAAGUCCUGUGCCAGAUCGUCGGUGGCCUCAGCCCUGAGGUGCCCAGCAAUGUCACCUCUAACAGCUGGCAGGAGAGGUUCAGGCAGAACUACAGCUUCUAUGUCGGCUUGGGGCUGGCCUUCCUGUCUAGCUUUCUCAUCGGCAGCAGCGUCAUCCUCAAGAAGAAGGGCCUCCAGCGGCUGGUGGCCUCGGGGGCCACACGGGCUGUGGACGGAGGCUAUGGCUACCUGAAGGAUGCGAUGUGGUGGGCUGGAUUUCUCACCAUGGCUGCCGGAGAAGUUGCCAACUUCGGGGCCUACGCAUUUGCUCCUGCGACAGUCGUCACACCUCUGGGAGCACUGAGUGUCCUCAUAAGUGCCAUCUUCUCCUCCUAUUUCCUGGGAGAGUGUCUGAAUCUGCUGGGGAAGCUGGGCUGCGUGAUCUGUGUGGCCGGCAGCACAGUGAUGGUGAUACACGCCCCCGAGGAAGAGAAGAUUACCACCAUCAUGGAGGUGGCCGCCAAGAUGAAAGACACAGGGUACAUCGUGUUUGCUGUGCUCCUGCUGGUGUUCUGCCUCAUCCUCAUCUUCGUCGUCGCCCCACGUUACGGACAAAGGAACAUCCUCGUUUACAUCGUCAUCUGCUCUGUGAUCGGGUCCUUCUCUGUGUCCGCCGUCAAGGGUCUGGGCAUCACCAUUAAGAACUUCUUCCAGGGGCUGCCAGUGGUGCGGCACCCUCUGCCCUACAUCCUGUCCCUCAUCCUGGCACUUUCGCUCAGCACUCAGGUCAAUUUCCUCAACCGGGCGCUGGACAUCUUUAACACCUCCCUGGUGUUCCCCAUCUACUAUGUGUUCUUCACCACGACAGUGGUGACCUCCUCCGUCAUCCUCUUCAAGGAGUGGCACAGCCUGUCCGCCGUGGACAUCACGGGCACCCUCUCUGGCUUUGUCACCAUCAUCCUGGGUGUGUUCAUGCUUCAUGCGUUCAAAGACCUGGACAUCAGCCGGAUCAGCUUGCCCCACACGCACAAAAACCCAACCCCACCUCCCGCCCCAGAGCCCAGCGUCGUUAGACUCGAAGACAAGAAUGUCCUCGUGGAUAACAUAGAACUCUCCAGCACCCCAUCACCAGAAGAGAAGCCCAAAGUGUUUAUAAUCCAUUCGUAAAGCUUGGAAUGCGUGAGUGGGCGGAUGAGCCCUGUGGUACAGCCUGACUUCUCAAUUGCAGAGCCACCUGGCAAUUUUCAGCAUAACUCUUAACCAAUGGGCUCUCUUUUCCUGAGAGUUUCAUUUAUACCUCAUCGCUGUUUCCAGGAGGAAAAUCCCUACCCAGUGAGCAGUGGUGGCAGAACUUCCUGGAAACACAGCCUCAGUGACCAAAUGCCCUACUUUACAUUGGUGCCAGCAGGUCUCCUGGACCUCCCGGACCACUUGUUUCCUCGGUGCCAUCUCCAUGUUGUUGGGAAGAAGCUAGAAUGUGACCUGUUGAAUGUAGCAUAGCCAAGAACUUCCCUGAAACGUUGGUCGUCAGGAAAUCCUUCGCACUAGUUCUCCUCCUGAGACUGACCGGCUCACCCCUCCUGAGCCCAGGGACAAAGUGCAGCUGGUGGGUGCCCAGAGAGCCAUUCGUCACACCCCCACUUGGAACUAACGGGCACACAACUAUUGUAAAAUGUCUUGUUGCUUCUGCUGCCGCAUCCUCAGAGACAGAACCAAGACCUCAGCUGACCUUCUCACUGUGAAAGCCACCUACCACCUCAGGGAGCCAUUUCUAUCAGCCCCCAUUCCCCGAGCUCUCUGGCCUGGAGGUCAGCAUCCGUUUCCAUCCACGCCACCCACAUCCCUGCCCCCUCCCUCUCUAGAUGCAUCCUAAGGACUUGGGCGGUUAUCUCCGAAUGCACACCACCACAGUAACAACAAAAGAUGCUUUACCGCCAAGCUUUGCUGGCCAAGUCCUGUGUUUUGUUUUGCCUUACUCGAGAGAGAGAAUGGCAGUUGGAGUGCUCUUAAAAGUAGCCUGGCUGUCGAGCAGAAGGCACUUUUCUUUUCCUCAAGGAAUAAACCAAAAUAUGAUUUGGGGAGAUGGGGAGAAGAGUAAAGAGCAAAGUCAGGACUUGGCAGAAGCAGCCAUGGGAAAUCAGGGGCUAACUUUGGUAUUUACUCUGGUGCCCAACCAAGAACCCAGGUGGAAAGGGCUCUGGUGGCAGCUUUAGAGGCUUGUCCAGCGGGAUCAGCUUUGAUUUUCACUGACCAGCUGGGGGUGUAUACUCAGCACAGGGUGCAUUCUGGCUGUUGACCAGAUUGCCACCAAGUCGCCAAUGCCACUGAUGAGCUGCCCAUACUGGGAAGCAGUGUCACAAAUGCUCCGACACCACCUGCUUUGGGGACUGUCUUUGGUCCCCUCACUUGUGGCUAGAGGCAGUCAAAAGACAAGAGCAGCUGGAGAGAGAGAAUUAAUGUCCCCUCCCUGUCAUCUUUCCAGUGGCGAGAAUGUGGGAGUUGGUACAAGGAGCAGACGGGGAGGUAAGGGAGCCAGAACAUUUGUAAAGAAGGACGACCUGUCCCUCAGCACCACCACCUUCCCCCCGCCCCCAAGCUGGUGCAGAGCCUCCCCUGGGUAACUCCACACCUGGACCCUGUUUACAUCCUGUGCCAUAAGCACAGCCAAGCCCAGGCCAAACUCUUGCUGGCCUUGGAGUUCCAACAGGCUGGCUCAGCUGGUGAACAGACCUGUUUCCUGCACCUCCAGCCUCAAAGCCCCAGUUUUUAAUGAACGGGGAUUUCCCUCUGUGACUAAAAUCAAUGCAACACGUCGGAUGUAGAGAACGGCCGUAAUCUGAGGGCCCUCAGAGUGUGGUUUGCAGGGUCAGGAAUAAAGACUUCCGAGUGUGUGGACGUGAUACUUGCAUCUUGGCCUUCCCUGGACUUGGAACAAUUCAACUGGUUCCUCUAGCGCUGGGAUGCCAGUCCUGGAUCUUUGGAGAGCUGUAGCCACCAAGGAAGUCCUUCCAGUGCUUUCUACAGCCAUGGCCUCGCGGGAGAGGGAAAGGCUGUCUUGGGAAGUCAGUUGAAGAUGCCCCUUCCUUGUUAAUGCCUGAGCCCUUACAAGAAGCCAACCACAGAGUUGAGAGCUUCACAGGCACUCUAAGUCUGUGCAGAUUCUCAAGGUAGCUAUUUAUCAUCCGUGCCUUGAGUGACCCUACGUCUAAUUAAACUGGACCAACCUGAGUCCGGUGCAAAGACAAAUGGCCCCCUCGAGUGCUCAUAGGAAAACCCAGGGCUUUUCUAUGGCUCAAGCUCCUCCUCCGUGGCCUCCCAGGCUGCUCGGGUGGUCUUUGUGGGAGCUCUUCUGAGCAAUCCUCACUGACAGGUCCUAUCCAGGCUGGCCGGUGCGCCAUUCAAACAAACAAGAGCUGUCAAACCAGACAACAUUUCAAACGACAAUUUAAUUAAAUACAAACAAGGAAAAAAGGCACCACGGCCCAUUCAAGUAUUUUGCAUAGAUAUACAAAUAUUGUAAACAAUUAAUAGGUGGACGAGAGAAAAGAGGGUCUGUUUUCCGUGAACAAUCUCCCAAAUAAAAAUUCACAUUGCCAUGGA